CUUGAACUGAUAUUUCUCCCGCCAAAAUUUUGACCGUGUCUAUAUAUAUGUUGUUCACAAAUAUUACAGUCUAGUAAUUCGCAGUUUGCUGUUUACCCACACAAGGAUAUCCAAAAUAAUGGUUACAAGUUUUGUGGCAGAUCUAUAACAGUUAAAGAUGUGUAAGAAAAAAACAAGAUGAAAAUGAAAACACGAAAGAAAGGUGUUCCUAAAACUAAGGAGGAACGACCACUUAACAGAUCAUUUAACAGUCAGCUUGCCAGAGACCAGGGGUACUCAGAUUUACGUAACACUGAUUCUGACACGGAUGGUGAGCUGUCGUGGGAGGAAGAUGGUGAAUAUUCAUAUACAGUAAAACGUAAACCAGAUGUAUUAUGGUCUCAGCGCUACAACAGAUUGGCAUGUCUGCUGGCCAUUGCUGUGUUUGUUAUUGCCUUCUUGGUUGGCAUAGUAAUAUAUCAACAUGUGACAAAAGAUGACACAGAUAUUUGUACGAAGCCUGAGUGUGUACAUUCUAGCUCCUAUAUCACAGCUCAGAUGAAUCUGUCUGCAGACCCCUGUCAGGACUUCUACCAGUUUAUCUGUGGUAAUUGGGAGAACACAGUCACCAUUCCAGAUAGUCGACCAAAAUACAACAUAUUUUCUGUAGUUUCUGAUCAAAAUAAAGUGUACAUCAGAAAGAUCUUACAAUCCAAUUCUACAACCAUUAAAGGGCAGCACUCUGAAACUGUACAGAAAAUGAAGACUUAUUAUAAAAUGUGUUUAGAUACAUCAAAGAUUAAUGAAUUGGGGUCAGAACCCCUCACUCAGUUCAUCAAAGCAAUAGGAGGUUGGACUGUCACUAAUACAGGGUUUGAUGAGAAUAAAUGGAAGCUGGAAGAUGUCUUAGCUAAAAUCAACAUCUAUAAUUUUGCUCCUUUAUUUGAUAUUGGUAUUACUAUUGAUGAUAAGAAUAGCUCACAGUAUGUUCUAAGUUUUUCUCAGCCUGGUCUCACAUUAAAGACUGAGGAAGAAUAUAACACCACUUACUCCAGUUAUACAGAGCUCCGUAACGCUAUGCUGGACUUUGGUGCUACGCUUGGUCAAUAUCUUGGUGGCGAUUACAACGAAACACAACAAAAGAUGGAGGACAUUUAUAACUUUGAGAAACAGUUAUCUGAAAUAUUUGUGCCAAAAGAAAUUUUAAGGCAGCCAGACUUGAUUUACCACAAGAUGACACUUAAAGAAGUGCAGGGAAUUAUGGGUAAUUGGAUAAACUUGAGUAAAUAUUUACAGAACUUUCUGGGAUAUAAAUUAGCAGAGGAUACAGAUGUGAUAGUGUACACUCCAGACUACCUCACCAAACUAGCACCAAUAAUGCUGAAAACAUUGUCCAAUAAAAAACUAUUAGCUAAUUACAUGGUAUGGAGUGCUGUCCAGUAUUUUAUGGGAUUUCUUCCCCUGAAGUUUUCCAAAGCAGCAUUGAUCUUAGAUAAGGUUGAGAGUGGUGUGAAGGAGUUAGAUCCCCUGACACAAAGAUGUGUAGAUAAAACAAAUACUGUGUUUGGAUUUGCCACUGGGGCUAUGUACGUGGAACAACAUUUCUCUGAGUCCAGCAGAAGUGAGGUCCAGGAUAUACUAGAUAGAGUUCUUGCAGCAUUUUAUGACAAUAUGCCUGGAGUUGAUUGGAUGGACAAAGAGACGAGAGAGAAGGCUCAAGCUAAGUUAAAAUACAUUACCCCCAUGAUUGGAUACCCCGACUGGAUCCUUAACGUCACAGAGCUAGACAAGUAUUAUGAAAAUGUGACAAUUAGUACGGACAGAUUUUUUGACUCAUAUUUGUCACAUAGAAAAGUUGAGGUAGACAGGGUGCUGAGAAAACUAAACACCGUCCCAGAUAGAUCAGAAUGGGACAUGAUGCCAUAUGCUGUCAAUGCCUACUACACGCCACAACUGAAUAAAAUUGUGUUUCCUGCUGGUAUUCUACAGAGACCAUUCUAUGAUCCAGAAUUUCCAUUAUCUUAUUCCUUCGGAUCUAUUGGAGCUGUCAUGGGACAUGAAAUGACACAUGGAUUUGAUGAUCAAGGAAGACAUUUUGACAAAUAUGGCAAUUUAGAGAAUUGGUGGACCAACGGAUCUAGUCAAGGAUUUAUACAAAAGUCACAGUGUAUGAUUGAUCAGUACUCAGAGUUUAAAUACCAAGGCUAUAAUAUAAAGGGUGAUAGGACGAUAGGAGAGAAUAUAGCAGACAACGGUGGAGUCAAGUCAGGGUAUACAGCUUUUAGUAGAUGGAAACCAGAGGACAUCAAGACAUUCCCUGGGUUAAACCUAACACCAGAACAACUCUACUUUAUAGGAUUUGGACAGAUCUGGUGUUCAUACUACACUCCAGCACAUGCCAGGACGUCAAUAUUAACAGAUGUACAUUCCCCUGCUCCUAUUAGGCCCAAUGGUAUAGCAGUCAACUCUCCAGCAUUUUCUAAAGCCUUCAAUUGUCCCAAAGGUUCUCCAAUGAACCCUGCUCACAGAUGUGAAAUAUGGUAACCAUAGCAACAGUGACUUGAAACCUUGACCUCUCAAUUGGUGCUACCAUCAUGUCUUCCUUACUUUUUAAACUAAGAAUUUGUAUCUGUUACUUCAUACGUUAUGUGUUUGAUUUUCAUAUUUUCUGAACUGUUACAUAAAUGCUGUACUUUUUAAGCGUUAUGGGUUUCUUUUUGAAAAAUUUGAGCUAUUUUUUUCUUUAAAGGCCAGAUGUUAUAAAAAUCCAACCAGUUGUACCUAUGUAAACCAAUAUGCCAAAAGAGAAAUGCCAAAAUUAUUUGAGAAAACCAAAUUAUAUUUGAAAAUAUACAUGUCUGCUUGUACUUGUCAGCUGUUUUAAUUGCAUUCUUAGAUUUUGUAAGAUAUUUCAUAAAUUAUUUGUUGUAGUUUCAAAGCAUACAUGUCAUUUGGUCAGCCAUACCACAUCUCCUUAUUUUUGUUGAGCCUGCAUAUUUUGUCGCAGAAAGCUCGACUUAGGGAUAGUGAUCCGGCGGCGGUGUUAGCUCACUUCUUAAAAGCUUUAUAUUUUAGAAGGUGGGAGACCUGGAUGCUUCAUACUUUGUAUAUGGAUGCCUCAUGUUACGAAGUUUCCAUCAGUCACAGGUCAAAUGUCCUUGACCUCAUUUUCAUGGUUCAGUGACUACUUGAAAAAAAAGUUAAGAUUUUUUGUUAUGUUAAAUUCUCUCUUAUUACAUGUAUAAGUAAUAGGAUGACUAUAUUUGGUAUGUGCGUACCUUGCAAGGUCCUCUUGCCCGUCAGACAGUUUUCACUUGACCUCGACCUCAUUUCUUGGAUCAGUGAACAAGGUUAAGUUUUGGUGGUCAAGUCCAUAUCUCAGAUACUAUAAGCAAUAGGUCUAGUAUAUUCGGUGUAUGGAAGCACUGUAAGGUGUACAUGUCCAACUGGCAGGUGUCGUCUGACCUUGACAUCAUUUUCAUGGUUCAGUGGUUAUGGUUUUUGUGUUUUGGUCUGUUUUUCUUAUACUGUUUGCAAUAGGUCUUCUAUAUUUUGUGUAUGGAAUGGUUGUAAGGUGUACAGGUCUACCUGGCAUGUGUCAUAUGACCUUGACCUCAUUUUCAUGGUUGAGUGGUCAAAGUUAAGUUUUUGAUUUUUGAACUUUUUUCUAAUACUAUAUGCAAUAGGUCAACUACAUUCGGUGUAUGGAAAUGUUUCAUGAUCUACAUGUCAUUCAUGUAGGUUUCAUUUGACCUUGCCCUUAUUUUUUACGGUUCAUUGCUCAGUGUUAAGCUUUUGUGUUUUGGUCUGUUUUUCUUAAACUAUAAGCAAUAGGUCAAUUAUAUUUGUUGAUACGAAGAAUUGAAAGCGGUACAUGCCUACCUGGCAAUGUUCAUCUGACCUUGACCUCAUUUUCAUGGUUCAAAGGUCAAUGUUUAGUUUUCUUGGUUUAUGUUAAGUUUAUGUGACAGUUGUAAUAAAGCUUUAUUAUAAGGACUAUCAACAUGAUAUCAAUGAUUAGUAAAGAAGGCGAGACAUAUCAGUGUGUGCACUCUUGUUAUAUUUUCCUUGAAAGAUGGAGGGAUAUAAUUUAAAUAAUGAGGGCAAAUUAUCAAUUAGGUGAUCCAUUUUACAAGAUGUAUGAAAUAAUUUUUUUUAACCAUUAAACUAGCAACAAUCAAUAUGUGUACACGUUUCGAUCUGACAGAAGUAACAUUCAUUUUAUAGCUCACUUGAUGGAAAAAGAAUUUAUCAUCAUUUUUUUUUUUCAAAUUUUUUAUCAAUAGAGAAAAGUAAAAAGAAGAUAGAAUUCUUGAAAGUUAUAGGUAUGAAAUUUCUGACCAUCUUUUGUAUUUUUAUAAUGAAGGUUUAACUUUGUAGAUUAGGCAGAAUAUUUUCAUUUCUGAAAUUCUUAAUGUAACAUUCAAUUGUUUUUGUUGAAGUUUGUGUCAAUUAAGAAUAUAAAGUACUAUUUUUGAGACAUUCCUUAUAUAUUACGCAUAAUUUUGUUAUUUUGUAAGAAUUGUCUUUUUUUAUUUAAAUUAUCUUUGUAAAU